UCCAACUGUGCUUGCAAUACUCACUUGAGAACUACCGAAACAAACCAACAACUUUCAAAAAAUGAUGUUCAAACUCACAAUCUUUGCACUAGUUGUUAUUACUGCAAAUGCCGUCGAAGAAAAGAGUGCGGAGUAUGACUCGUACCCGAGUUAUAGCUUCAAUUACGAUGUACAGGAUGCAGUCACUGGCGAUAUCAAAUCUCAAUCGGAACAGCGGGAGGGAGAUGUAGUCAAAGGACAGUACUCACUCCAAGAGGCCGAUGGCUAUCGACGCACUGUAGAAUACACUGCCGAUGCUGUGAACGGUUUUAAGGCUACCGUUCGGCGUGAACAGUUUGGCGAGCCCAUAAAGGCGUUGACUCCUGCGAUUUCUGCAACACAGAUACAGGCGAAGGCUAACAAUGAAAUUGCUCCAGCUCCAGCUCCAGCUCAGCUUUCAGCCGCUGCUAGCCCAAUCGUUUUGCCUGUUCCAGUGGCUCCAAAGUAUGAACAACUAACUCACAAGUCCUACGUUACACCGGUUGUAGCCCCCGCAUAUUACCGUGCAUAUGCUGAACCUACCUUGCUUCAUCACGCACCCGCAGCACAUGCCGUCAUACACCAUGCUCCCGCUGCCGCUGUACAUUUGUCACCAGCCACACAUUAUGUCCACGCCGCACCUGCAGCCACCACUUUGUUGAAGACAGCUCCAGCCGUUAUAACUCACCACGCCAUUCACACCAAUGCUCAUCCUGCCGUGGUCAAGACAUCCUUCUCAGCUCCACAUGUUUCAUAUGUUUACUAAAAAAAAAUAAUGUAUUCCAGGAAAUAUCAAACAAAUAAAUCA